AACCAGUACUCACAUGUACUAGACGAUGGAGCAUUAGAGCUACCAUAAGUUUUCAAAAGCAAACGAUGACUUUCAGCAGCAGUUUUCUUCGAACUAUAGAAGAAAAGUAAAACUUCCCGCAAAUGCUGUUUUUUCGGCACGUAUUUUGACAUGAUUGUAAGUGAAAAAAAUUAUGUUGUUUACGCUUUGGUAAAAUAACACCUACUGAAAACUAAUGUCAAAUGAUGUGGCUUUCACGUGAAUAUAGUUACAGUAUGGCCCGAUGCGUUAUAGUACAAGUUACGCCAUCUGUAGUGGAAAUUCUUUAAAACUAAUGCAUACACCCAAUAUGUCAUUUGACAUUCAGAAUUGAAUUCAAUUGGUUUACAAAAAAAAAACAAAAAAAAUGGCAGCUGUUCAAUUUUACCAAUAUCAUUUUGUUUGUGAGAAAUUUUUGUUUAAAAAUUGCGACAUUAAAUUCAUCAAAUUGCUAAUAAGAACCAACUAUAUUUUCGUUCCAUGUGCCCAUCACACCUUGCUAAAUUGAUUCUCGAACGAUGAAUGAAUAAAUUUGUUUGAUAUUUUUUUAAUUCCAUAAACACAAAAUCAAAUGCAGUAAAUUUGUUCCGGCUGUGCAGCACUAGCAAAGAGCUGAGCGAAGCGAAGCAAUUCAGCUAGUAAUCGAGCAAGUGACCAAACAUGAAAAUGUAUAUGAAAGCCGAUUGUCAAUGGUUCAAGAUAAUCUAACUAAAUGUGUGAAAAAGGAUAGACUAACUGAGGCGUUAAACAUAUUAGUGACGGCCUCAAUGACUGCAAAAGUCAUCUUUCAAUUUAUCAAAGAGAAGUUUCACGUCCAAUCCAAAUAUGUCCCUGUUGGUAGCUUUGAGUUAACACAUUGACAUAACAUAUUGACCAAAACAUUAUACAAUGAACUUUAUUACAUUUUUAUAAAUUUUUUAACCGGUUCUAAGACGAUUCCAGUUUUAGCUCUCGAUCAAAUGAAUAAAACAAAAACACGGAAGAUGAAAGAAGACACGCAAAACCGAUUUGUUGAUUGUCAGUUCGUCAGAAACACGAAUAAAAACAACAUUGACCAUUUGUAUCUUAAGUUUUUCAAAAUAAGUUUAGAUUCAUUCAAGUAAUCAUGAAAUUUUCGUUUCAUCGACGAUCAGGCUCAUAUCAACCCUCGAAUGAUAUGAUGCUUCGAUUUUAUUCCUACUACAAGCAAGCAACAUUGGGUCCAUGUUCGCAGAAGAAACCACCAUUCUGGGAUGUUGUGGGCAGGGCAAAGUACGAAUCGUACAAAAGUCUUGGAAAGAUGUCAAAAGAGCGAGCAAUGGAAUUAUAUGUGGAUGAGUUGAAAAAAAUAAUUGAGACAAUGUCAUAUACGGAUAAUGUAGCUGAAUUCAUGGGAAGCGUCUCUGAACUGGAUGGCAUUGAUGUUGACGACUUGGAAACUGUUGCUCCAGAAGCAAUAAAAAAAGUGAAAUCACAGCCGAAUUCACCUUUUGCGUCGCGCGAAGCAAGUCCAAUUCGGUCAUCCGAAAGAACACUACGGUAUCGUAAUGAAAUGGAUUAUAUCAAUGGGCACUCACAUAACGGUCAUUUAACCACUACCGAACCAUCAGACGAUGAUGAAUAUAUUGACACAGUUGAGGUAAUUAUGAUUUUAUUAUUGGGUGAUGCCAAUUUUUCCUAGAAUUUUUCGUUCCGGCUACAAUCUCUGCUGUUGGCCUCAAGUUGUUGAUGUUAAUUGACACCGAAUCAUAUGUGCCAAAAUCGAUACUGUUAAACUCGCUUGAACUUAUUAUCAUUCUACCCAGUGAUUGAAAUAAGAAAAUCUAAAAAGAUUCGAAAAUGCUGAAAAUUACCUCCAAAGAGAAUUCACAAAUGUAUUUAUUUAUUUGAUUUAUUUUUUGUUAUUAGCUUUCGCUUUUUUGCUUUCUGAAUAACUUUAAAACUAAUUUUAUUCUUUUAUGUGCAUUUUCACUCUCUACAUUCUUCUUCUUGAUAACUCGUUAAAUAAUUCUACACCGUUGUGCAAUACACAUUUUCUUGCGUUCUAAUAUCUGACGGUCUCAUUCAUUUCUGUUUCUGGUGUUUAUAUUGUGGGAUUCAUUUGCGUAUUUAAUUUUAUUACGUAAAUAUUGAGGGACAAGAUCAUUUUUCAUCUUAUAAACAAGUAACAUCACAUCAUAAUUUAUUCGUUGUGUUACACUCAUCCAAUUUGAACUUUUUAGCAAAUUCUGAAGGCAUUCUGUAAUCGCAUUGCACGAUUCUAUAAUUAUUGCAUCGAUUCAAUUUGUUCCUCUGUACAAUUUAUACAGAACGUUGAGCAGUAGUCAUAGUGCGGUUGAAUAAUCGAGUAGUAUACAAUUUUCCUUAUAUCAAAAGUGAUUUUGUAUCAUUAUUCUGGACCAUAAAGCGUUUCUUCGCCAGAAAUGGUUUAUUUAGUACAGAGAUGACCGAACGCACGCUCAGUAGCGAAUUCAGCAACUCAACUGAGCGUUGUUUUCUGCUCCGUGCGUUUACACGCACCUUCUAGAAGAGUCAGUGCGCGCACUGGCUUAAUUUUGCAACUAUCAUUUUUGGUGAUUUUUCUGCUAAAUCUAAUAUAAACAUGACUUUUUAGAAAUUAUUCUUUAUCGAGAAAGGGGCUGAAUAUUAAAAAAAAGUUUGCGUAUGGCCAAAAAUGUAAAAAAGAGUGGUGAAAAAAGCAAAAACAAUACAAGCGCGCUUCAGUCAUCUCUGUUUUAGUACGAAUAUUUUGUUAUAUUUACAAUAUACUAAUUCAUUCUAAUUAAAUUCAAUCUCUCGGAGAGCUUCUGGAACUGGGUCGGAGGGGUCAAAUUAACCCCCUCUGAAUCAAUUUUGUCACAUUACCCCUAUGUGGAAUUUUUUUACCCAUACUCUGAUUUAAAUUCAAAAAUGAGGACCUUUUUUUCAAGUCCUCACGUUUUCUGCGAAGCGGGUUUACACUAGAUAGAAUCGAUUUUGAAAAGUGAUAACCUUUUUUUUGCUCGUCACUUUUGAAAUUACCCAUACUCGAAAUUACCCCCCAAAUAAAAAUUUGCAAUUUGAAAUUAAAUAUUAAAUCGAUUAUUAAAUAUUUGGUGCAAUCGACCAAUGAAUAAAUUUUCCCAAUAAUGAAUGCGAAAAACACUCUUGAACUUCGUACUCAGGGGUAAUACAGCGUCCUAACGUCACUUAAAAUGAUAUCAGUCUUUUUGGUGAUAAAUCCACGCUCAGGAGCGUCACUCCAUUUUAACCUCGUCUAGAGGUUUUUCAUCUGAUUUAAGUAACGAUCAAUUUAUGUUCUUUGGGAGAUUGUAUCUUAUGUAUAAAAAUUUCGCAAGCGUAGUUAUUUGUAAUUAAAGUAAUCGACAUUCGUAUGGCGGCAAAUUCUCACUUAAAUUGGGAUGUAAAUCGAUUUGAAAUUUCAUUUCCGUUCUUAUUGGUGCCAAAAGUAUGGAAAGCGUGUAGACACAUCGAAAAUACAUAUUUUUAAUUUUUUUCCCGAGGGGUUACAAUCCAAGAAGUUAGGAGCAAACACAGUUGAUCUCGAAGUUUAAGCCAAUAUUCUUUGGUUUUCCAUCAAAGAUUUUAAUAAUAUGGAGGUCAUUUUGAAUGAAACCUUCAAUGACCGAAUUUGCCAUUCGAGUAAAUAACCGAAAUUUCUUAAACAGGGUUUCCUUUAUUGGGAGUUUUUCUGUACUAAUUUAUUAAUAAUACGCAGAACAAAUUAGUGAUUUUGGCCAACGCGCCCUAAUAUGAUAUUUAUAAUAUAUAUAUUACUUGCAGAAAUUAAUACUAAUUCAAUUCAAAAAAAUUUCAUGCUCAUACAUCUUGAAAGAUCAAUAGAAUAAAAUUGUUUCUCAUAAAAACUUAGUAUUUAAAGUUUGAACUAUAAUAGCACAGUCCGCACAUAAAACAAUGUUUUCUUAGAACUAAACGAACUGUCAUCUAAAAUGUGUAUUCAGAUGAUACAUUCGUUUAAAAUGGUAUUUGCCAUCUAGUUUUCGUUUAAAAUUCGCCAUACAACCGAAUAAAAUUCGCACAAAAUAGAAUGCUUCUGCAAAAAAUCGCUAUUUUAAACGAAAAUUAGAUUAAAAAUACAAUUUAAAACGAAUGUAUCAUCUGAAUACACAUUUUAGAUGGCGCGUCGUUUAGUUUUGAGAUGUUAUUUCUUUGUUUGCGACGAGUGUUUUUUCUUCAAUUUGGCACAUGUGCCGAUCAAGUACCAAGCGGUAGCAUUCGUAGCCUUGAUUACGGAAUGGGCCAUGGUUUUGGUCUAAGUUGCUCCUCUCGAAAAAAUUUGACUAUCGUCGUUCCUGCGUUUCAGAAGGAACGAAUUUUUUUAUGUGACAAAAUUUUUCAUGUAUUACUUGUUUUAUCACAUCUAUGGUAGCCUAGAAAUUAUUUAUCUCACGAUAUUAGAACCAAAAAGUAUAACCAGUGGUGCAAUUCAUAAAAAAGCGAACGCCUGUUCGGUACAUUCGAACACACUGGACGUGUUCCACAAAGUAUCCGUUCGAUUUGAUUCAAUUGUUUUAAAUAGAGCUAAAUCGAACGCGUUUGCAAAUAUGUUCGGCGGUUCUUUCAAAAUCACCGAACGAUUUUGUGUUUUAGCGAUCCAAUUGAAAAAUUGCGAACACGUUCGACGAGCAUGACUAUUCAUGUCAUUUAUAUGUUAACAUGAAAGUUUGUUAUACAUGGUUAUGCAUGUGACGGUUCUUUGUUUAUGUGGAUUUUUCUUUAGCAUUAUAGUGUUUCACUUAAUAAGACUUUAAUGAUUUUUAUUAUUUCUUGGGCCUAUAGAUCGAAACUAAUCUUUAGUUUAUUCGCACCAAAUCUAGUUUUGAAGAUAUACCCCGGAUAUUAAUUUUACGUAUAUUUAGUACACACGAAUCUAAGCCACAAAAUUGUAUAUUGAUUCUUAAUACAAUAUGGAAGAAUAUUCCAAUACCUUUCAUUUGAUCUUUUACAUGCUCGUACAUGCUUUGAUAUCACAAUUUUUCCAGAGUUUGGUACUUUAGGUGGGAAAUAUAACAUUUUGACCGGGCUCAAAAUGACUUAUAUCGAACGAAUUUGUCGAGUUACUUUCUUGAAUUUCACAGUCGAAGAUCAUACAUAGAAUUCAAGUGAUACAUGCACUAAAUACAUAUUUUCAUUGGACCUUCAAACGGGGAAACGUAUUCGCCGCCCAAACGCGUUCACCGAACGCAAAUCAUUGCCGGAAACGGUCGGUUUUAAGGUAUUUUUGCAUUGUUCCAUGCCGACGUGUUCGAAGUUCUAUGAACUAUGUUCGUCUGACGAAAUGACGAAAAAUCGAACGAGUUCGGUUCGUUUGGUGCUGAAUGAUUUGUAUAGAAGCAACUUUUGUACAGAUUGACUUUUUUCGAUAUCUUAUUAAAAUUUUGUUAUCGUAUUAAUCCAAUGUUAUUAACGUUAAUGUUAUUAAAAACUUUGAUAACAAAAAUGUUACUAACGUUAGCAUUAGUUUUGAUAACUAUUGAUAUUAACGCAACAUUAAAAUAUCAAAAAAAAGUUUCAUACAAAAAACAUUUGACUCAUAGAAUGAAAG